AUGUUAAGAAGUCACGGAUGGUCAAUACUUAAUAGACUGUAUCCUGUUCGCAGUUUCACCAGAUACUCAAAGGUAGAUAUGACCUUUGAAGGAAACACUCAAGAUAUCUCUACCUCUGCCGAAGAGAGAAUGUCCACCGUUUUUGGGGGUCGCUUGAAGGGUGAACCACCAAAAUCUACAAGUAGAGUACUUACUGGCGGAAUGAGGAAAAUAGCAGGUGUUCAAGUACCUGCGAAGCCGCAAGAACCUGAUAAUUGUUGCAUGUCAGGAUGUGUUAAUUGUGUGUGGGAAAUAUAUAGUGAAGACUUGAGAGACUGGAAGCAUAGAAGGAAAGAAGCUGCGGAAAAGAUCAAGGGAACCCAGGAAAUGUGGCCUAAAAACUGGAAUCCACCUCUGGGAUUGUUGAACAUGGAAAACGUCCCUGUCGAGUUGAAGAAAAAAAAGCAGGAAAUCGAUGGUAUGACAGUAGAGCAGCCUCACAAUUUAUCAUUAAUCAAAGGUUUGUUUCCCAAAAGAAAAGCGCCCCUACCCAAGAGUGUCUUGACAGCUAAAAAAAAAAAUAUUGCUUUGAGACACAAACACGAACAAGAGGGAAAAGGAGGAAACCAGUCGAUUGAUGGACUAGAUAGUGAUGAAGGUUGGGAAGAUAUUCCCGUUUAUGUCAAAGUGUUUGCCGAGUUUGAAUCAAAGAAAAGGUUACAAAAGAUCCACCGACAAGAAGAAUUGAAAAAGAAAACAGCUCUGGUGUGA